GGAUAACGAUUAACGAGCGGCUUCUUCAAAAACACACAAACGCAGACACACUACUCUUUGUCUCUGUUUUGUGUGUGUGCGAGAAAUGGCGAUGGCAAUGGCGCUUCGCAGGCUUUCAUCUUCAAUUGAUAAGCCUCUUCGCCCUCUCUUCAAUGCGGGUUCCCUCUACUACAAGUCGUCUUUGCCUGAUGAAGCUGUUUACGACAAGGAGCGACCCGGAGUUACAUGGCCGAAGCAGUUGAAUGCUUCACUUGAGGUCGUUGAUCCUGAGAUUGCUGAUAUUAUUGAGCUUGAGAAAGCUAGGCAAUGGAAGGGGCUGGAACUGAUACCGUCAGAGAAUUUCACUUCUGUGUCUGUGAUGCAAGCAGUUGGAUCUGUGAUGACCAACAAAUACAGUGAGGGGUACCCUGGUGCAAGAUAUUAUGGUGGAAAUGAGUAUAUUGACAUGGCUGAAACACUAUGCCAAAAGCGUGCCCUGGAAGCGUUUAGAUUGGAUCCCGCUAAAUGGGGAGUGAACGUGCAGCCUCUGUCAGGGUCUCCUGCAAAUUUCCAUGUCUACACUGCAUUGCUUAAACCUCAUGAAAGAAUCAUGGCACUUGAUCUUCCUCAUGGUGGCCAUCUUUCUCAUGGAUAUCAGACUGAUACCAAAAAGAUAUCUGCUGUCUCAAUAUUUUUUGAGACAAUGCCAUAUAGAUUGAACGAAAGUACGGGAUACAUUGACUAUGACCAGAUGGAGAAAUCAGCAACACUCUUCAGGCCAAAAUUAAUUGUUGCUGGAGCUAGCGCUUAUGCACGUCUGUAUGAUUAUGAACGUGUACGCAAGGUUUGUGAUAAACAGAAAGCUAUAUUAUUGGCAGAUAUGGCACACAUCAGUGGAUUGGUUGCAGCUGGUGUCAUCCCAUCACCUUUUGAUUAUGCAGAUGUAGUUACUACCACCACUCACAAGUCACUUCGGGGACCACGUGGAGCUAUGAUAUUCUACAGAAAAGGCGUUAAAGAAAUUAACAAACAAGGAAAAGAGCUAUUGUAUGACUAUGAGGACAAAAUCAACCAAGCUGUUUUCCCUGGACUGCAAGGGGGCCCUCACAACCACACUAUUACUGGUUUAGCUGUUGCAUUGAAGCAGGCCACAACUCCCGAAUAUAGAGCAUAUCAGGAACAAGUUCUCAGCAACAGUUUUAAAUUUGCACAGGCUCUAAGUGAGAGGGGCUAUGAGCUGGUUUCUGGGGGAACUGAGAAUCACCUGGUUUUGGUGAAUCUGAAGAAUAAGGGUAUUGAUGGCUCCAGAGUUGAGAAGGUGUUGGAAGCAGUUCAUAUUGCAGCUAAUAAAAACACUGUUCCUGGAGAUGUGUCUGCCAUGGUUCCUGGUGGCAUCAGGAUGGGAACCCCUGCUCUUACUUCUAGAGGAUUUGUUGAGGAGGAUUUUGUUAAGGUAGCAGAGUUCUUUGAUGCAGCAGUGAAGUUGGCUGUGAAGAUUAAGGGACAGAGCAAAGGAACAAAGCUGAAGGACUUCUUGGCCACAAUUCAAUCAUCUUCUACCUUUCAAUCGGAGAUAGCAAAGCUCCGCCAUGAUGUUGAGGACUAUGCAAAACAAUUUCCAACCAUUGGUUUUGAGAAAGCUACCAUGAAGUACAAGAAUUGAGAAAAGAAAUUUUUCCAUUAGGUCAUCCCGUGGUCUUACUGGCAAGCAAUUCAACAAGAUCAGUGUUCCUGAUUCAUGGUAGAGGAUGAUAACAUAUUUAAAAAGAAAUGUCAAAAGCCUUUAUAUGUUGAUGAAUCCAGAAAAUCUUGGUCGUUAUGUUGAAAUGUAUAGAUGCAUAUGUAAUAAAGGCUUCAAAUACCAAAUUUCUUAAACAGAUGAUUGUUGAACCUAUCCCCUAUAAUGGGGUUACAAUCAAUCAUUAGUGGUUGUAUCUGCUAUAAAUUCAACUAGACUCCUCCACUGCAUAGAAUCCCGCAGGAUUCUGAUAUGAAUUAUUUUACCUUGAUGA